AUGGUCCCAAAGGCUUUUGCUGUCGGCGUAGCCAUCUUUGCGAGCCUUCCUUGUUGUCUUGCACAAGAUGUCAUCACGGAAGAUACUUACUUCUAUGGAGAGUCUCCCCCUGUGUAUCCGUCACCGCAAAUCACUGGGCUCGGCGACUGGGCCGAUGCUUAUUCCAAAGCUAAGGCUCAAGUAGCCCAGCUGACGCUGGAUGAAAAGAUCAAUUUGACCGUUGGAUACGCGCCGACCAGCGGUUGCAGUGGAGCGAUUGCUCCUAUCCCACACAUCGGCUUUAAAGGUCUCUGCCUGAGCGAUGCUGGCAACGGUGUGCGAAAUACCGACUUUGUGAGCUCGUGGCCCAGCGGCAUUCACGUCGGCGCCUCAUGGAACAAGAACCUGGCACAUCGACGCGGCAUGGCAAUGGGCAAGGAAGCGAAAAAGAAGGGAGUCAACGUCCUUCUUGGCCCCGUCGUCGGCCCCGUUGGAAGAGUUGUCCUCGGUGGGAGGAACUGGGAAGGCUUCUCUCCUGACCCAUAUCUUGCCGGUCAACUGGUCGCUGAAUCUGUCUCUGGGGUUCAAGGCGCAGGUGUUCAGACGAGCACCAAGCAUUACAUUGGCAAUGAGCAGGAGUUGGACCGAAAUCCCAACUCUGAUCAUAGCAUAGAGUCCGUAUCCUCAAAUAUUGACGACGUCACAAUGCAUGAACUCUACCUAUGGCCCUUUCAAGAUGCAGUACGAGCUGGCACUGCAAACAUCAUGUGUUCAUACCAGCGAGUCAAUAACUCGUACGGGUGUCAAAACAGCAAGCUUCUCAACGGCGCUCUGAAGGAAGAACUGGGUUUUCAGGGCUAUGUUGUGACGGAUUGGACUGCCCUUCGCAGCGGUGUGGGUGCAGCCCUCGCUGGGCUAGACAUGGCCAUGCCAAACGGGGGCGCUUUCUGGGGCGCCAACUUGACCAAGGCUGUCUUGAAUGGCACUGUCGAAGAGACCAGGAUCGAUGACAUGGCCACUCGAAUUUUGGCGGCAUGGUACUAUCUCAAACAGGACCAAGACUUUCCCCCGAGUGGAUACGGCAUGCCAAAGGACCUGACGGCUCCCCACGAGAAGGUGGAAGCACGAGAUGUGGCAGACAAGCCCAUCUUGUCCGCCGGUGCUGUGGAGGGACAUGUCUUGCUCAAGAACAUCGACAACACGUUACCGUUGAAGAAUCCCAAGACGCUCUCUAUUUUUGGCUACUCGGCCGAGGCGCCGCCAGCCAACGCUCCCAACGCCACCGGCUUUUCUCCUUGGGUGCUUGGUUUCGAAUCGGCUUUGAACUCACUGCAGGCCGUGUUGGGGGCGUUCCUCGGGUUGCCCAGCACGAAACCGCCACCCGCCAUCGCGAGUAAUGGCACGCUGCUUGCAGGCGGUGGCUCGGGGGCUGUCUCCCAAUCAACCUUCAUGUCGCCCUUUGCGGCACUGAUGAACCGUGCAGAUGCGGACAACACGCAAGUCUGGUGGGACUUGGUGUCGGGGACACCGAGCGUCAUGCAAGACAGCGAUGCCUGCCUCGUCUUUGGCAAUGCCUGGGCGUCCGAGUCAUUCGACCGGCCGGGACUGAGAGACGACUUUACCGACGGCCUCAUCCUCCACGUGGCGAGCCAGUGCCGGCGCACUGUUGUCGUUCUGCACAACGCUGGCGUGCGGCUUGUGGAUCAGUGGAUCGAGCAUCCGAAUGUGACGGCCGUGAUUUUUGCACAUCUACCGGGGCAGGAGACAGGUAAAGCAUUGGUGUCGCUGCUUUAUGGAGAGAGCCACUUCUCCGGAAAGCUGCCCUACACGGUCGCGAAGAACGAGUCCGACUACGGCGACCUCUUGAAGCCUACUGUUGGGGAAGGUCGGUUCAAGAAAUUCCCGCAGAGCAACUUUACGGAAGGCGUGUAUAUCGACUACAAGCAUUUUGAUCGGGAGGGCAUUGAGCCACGAUUUGAAUUUGGCUUCGGCCUUGGCUACACCACCUUUGCUUUCAGCAACCUCAGAGUCGAGCCCGUUGCCGGCAGGAAUGGAACCGCACCCUAUCCGACAGGAGAGAUCAUUCAAGGCGGAAGCGUUGACCUUUGGGACGUGGUCGCUCGUGUGUCUGUGGACGUCACCAACACAGGGGCCGUUGACGGUGCAGAAGUUGCUCAGCUCUAUGUCGCCAUCCCAGGUGGACCAGAGAAGCAGCUCCGAGGUUUUGAAAAACUGCCGCUCAAGCCCGGACAGGCGGCCACUGCAAAGUUUGAACUCACCCGGAGAGAUUUGAGCGCAUGGGAUGUCGUGGCUCAAAAGUGGAAGCUCCAGAGCGCCGAGUAUGGCAUUUUUGUGGGAUCAAGUAGCCGACAGCUACCACUUCAGGGCAAGCUACAGCUCGGAUGUAAGAAGCGUCGAGUAUAA